CUCCUUUAUACCGACACUACUUACUCGACUGGUCCCUCGUGCCGACUCUUUCCUCGCUAUUGGUAUGCUAUACGUCUUCAUUCAAGCUAUGGGUAUGCUCGGUGGGUUGGUCGUCCUCGCCUUAUCUGGUAUUGUAACCCAGUUUAUAGUUUGGUUCAAUUACGUAUUCACUGGCAACACGGUUACUUGGUAUAACCUCUUUGCAUCGACUACGACAUGCUACGUCUUCUAUGCGACAAUCCGAUGCUCCUGGUUCCUCGGUCUGAGUCUUUGGGAUAUCGGUUGGCAGUCCUAUGCGGAAUACCCCGACUUGAGGGACCUUCUGGCUCCACCUGUGAUGUCGAUUGAGUCUUCGCCGGGCUCCGCUGGGAGGAAUCCUGUGUUCACUGGCUUGCCUAGACAACCAUCCUCACCUCGAAGAGCGACCAUGCCUGGUAAGGAAGAAGUCCGUAGGAACAAGCAAGCCAAGAUGCUACUAUACGGCACCAUUGUGGUACUAGUUGUUACUACAGCAAUUGUGACUAUCAUCCCACUCCUGUGUGAUCUGGGUAUUUGGUGUCUUCGUGUUGAUUGGUUACAAGGCUUGGCUGAUGCCUCUAGUCGGCUCAACCGAAUGUGUCGAUUCUCUUUGCUUGUCGGCCUCUUUCAAUGGACGCAACAAUUCCAGUUUAUAUUCCCCCGUUGGUACCGGGCCGCUGGUGUUGGUGCAGCUAAGAGUUGGAGAUCCACGUUGAUCAUGUGGGCUGGCUACUGUAUCCUUGGUCCAGUGUCGGUCAUACGAUUGCUGCAAUGGUCACUCUACCCCCUCUUCGGCCUCGAUGCUGCUGGAAGGACUUCUGUUUAUAACUUUAUUGUACCCCAACUGGUCAAUGAAGGCGUAUCGGCUUCGACCAUGGACGGCAUCCUGAUACUACUAUGGAUGCUACAGCAACUAUACGUCUCUCAUAUAGUCGUUAAAGAGAUCAACCUUUCAGACUGGCAAAAAGAUGCUUUCUAUGAUGACUCUAUGUGGCUCGAGAACACUAUACAAUUCAAGU